CUAGGGUUUUGUCUUAUAAGAUGUCGCAUUUAGGUCAUUCCGCCUCUUGCUUCUCUUCACUCACAAUCUCACAGCAAAGCCUCUCGUUGCUAGAGGAAUCAAACAAUGGUAAACCCUAGCUUUAAUCUCUAUCUCUUCUCAUUUCUCAAUCGUUUCUUCUUAAUCUUCUCUUAAGAAAAUCGGGUUUUGAUCUUCAUUUCAUAUAGAAAUCUCCUGCAUUGCUUUUGAUUAGAUAUCGUAACGAGAAUUCGUGAUCCUAUGGUGUUUGUGAAGUCCACCAAGUCGAAUGCUUACUUCAAGAGGUACCAAGUGAAGUUCAGGAGAAGAAGAGAUGGAAAGACUGACUACAGGGCAAGGAUCCGUCUUAUCAACCAAGACAAGAACAAGUACAAUACUCCUAAGUAUCGUUUUGUUGUCCGGUUUACCAACAAAGACAUAGUGGCACAGAUUGUAUCUGCAAGCAUUGCUGGUGACAUUGUUAAAGCUUCUGCUUACGCACAUGAACUGCCUCAGUAUGGUCUCACUGUUGGUCUUACAAACUAUGCUGCAGCUUACUGUACUGGCCUUCUUUUGGCUCGCCGUGUUUUAAAGAUGUUGGAAAUGGAUGACGAGUAUGAGGGAAACGUUGAGGCCACUGGAGAAGACUUUUCCGUUGAGCCAACUGAUUCAAGGAGACCUUUCCGUGCUCUUCUUGAUGUUGGACUUAUCAGGACCACAACAGGAAACCGUGUGUUCGGUGCUCUUAAGGGUGCUUUGGAUGGUGGUCUUGAUAUCCCUCACAGUGACAAGAGAUUUGCUGGGUUCCACAAGGAGAACAAGCAACUUGAUGCUGAAAUCCACAGGAACUACAUCUAUGGUGGCCAUGUCUCAAACUACAUGAAGCUGUUGGGAGAAGAUGAGCCAGAGAAGUUACAAACUCACUUCAGUGCUUACAUCAAGAAAGGAGUUGAAGCUGAGAGCAUUGAGGAGUUGUACAAGAAGGUUCACGCAGCUAUUCGUGCUGACCCCAACCCAAAGAAAACCGUGAAACCUGCUCCCAAGCAACACAAGAGGUACAACUUGAAGAAACUUACUUACGAGGAGAGGAAGAACAAGUUGAUCGAGAGAGUCAAGGCAUUGAAUGGAGCAGGUGGUGAUGAUGAUGAUGAGGACGAUGAAGAGUAAAUCAGUCAAGCCUUCUUUAUCUCAUGCCUCUUGUAGUUUUUUAUCUUUUGAGCUUAAUGCCUCAAAUUUUCUGUUUUCAGACUAAAACACUCAGCUUUUGUGUUCACAUUUUAAUUGUGUUCGAGGAUUUUGAUAUUGAGGAUACAUUUUCUUUGAAGUAUCAUUAUCUUAUUAUUACCUUCAUCAUAAUUUUCAAGAAUUUGUAUGACAAUAGUUUGAUGACUUGAUUUUAUCUGUAGUUUGCUAUUGUUAAAUGUAAGAACUGUUAGACUUCAUCUAUAUGAACUAGAAA